AUGGCUUCGCCAGACGAAGUUAUGGAAACUAGUGACCUGGAUCACCAAGCUCAGUCUGAGGAAAUAAGCCUUGAUCUGUCAAUGGAACGUCUCAACAUCAGCGAUGAAGAAAAAGUAUCCCCUGCCACAGAAACUCCAGAUUGGAUCAUCCCUCCUUGGAAACUCAAGGCUUCAACAUCACAUAGUGAUGUAGAUAACAUGCAUUAUUUCUACGGAGAACGUGUCAUGACCGUUACUUUCAAUUCUCGAGAUUAUCAAGUCGAUUUGAAAUAUCUCACAAAACAUAGUCACAAACGUCAAUGCAAACAUCGUCAUCAUCAUAAGAGCCAUAAUCAUCACCAUCGUCAUCAUCAUAAGAAUCAUAAUCACCACCGUCGUCACCGACCUAACUGCCCACACUACAAACCAAAAUCACCAACACCAUCUGAGUAA